AUGAGCCAGGCCGAGCUGUCCACCUGCUCGGCGCCGCAGACGCAGCGCAUCUUCCAGGAGGCGGUGCGCAAGGGCAACACGCAGGAGCUGCUGUCGCUGCUGCAGAACAUGACCAGCUGCGAGUUCAACGUGAACUCGUUCGGGCCCGAAGGCCAGACGGCGCUGCACCAGUCGGUCAUCGACGGCAACCUGGAGCUCGUCAAGCUGCUGGUGAAGUUCGGCGCCGACAUCCGCCUGGCCAACCGCGACGGCUGGAGCGCGCUGCACAUCGCCGCGUUCGGCGGCCACCAGGACAUCGUGCUCUAUCUCAUCACCAAGGCCAAGUACGCGGGCAGCGGCCGGUGA